GAGGAGACGUCGCUCGAAUGAAACGUUGAUUCUGUGAUCGCUCUUGGAGCAUAAUUUUUGAAACGAUAUUUUUGUGUUAAAUAAGUUUUAUGAAAUAUGGCUGAGGAAGGUGGAGGUACGGCUGGUGAAAAAGUAAUACAUACUUAUCCUUUAAUACGGCAUUCAGAUAUGUCUGAGGAGAUGCGCACCGAAGCGAUGGAGUUGUCGGUGACGGCCUGUGAGAAGUUUUCACAGAACAACGAGUUAGCCGCACGCAUGGUGAAGGAGUCCAUGGAUAAGAAGUUCGGCCCCGCGUUCCACGUAGUUGUAGGCGAGAGCUACGGAUUCGAGAUCACAUACGAGUGCACCACCAUCUGCUACAUGUACUUUGGCGGCAACCAAGCCAUCUGCAUUUGGAAGUGCUCGUGAAACGUGCGUGUGCGUGGACUCUAUACAGCUCUCAUAUUGUUUACCUCGUCGAGUAAUACGUAACAAGUCUUUAAUGUAGGUAUUGUGCGACCAGCAAGGA